CCGCACGGGCGGCCGUCGUUCGCUCUAUCGGCCUACAUUCACACAUGACUCGAAUACUACUCGAAUACAAAUCGAUAUCAUACUGAUCCACUGAACGAAAUCGGAUCGUGUCACGUGCCAAAUAUAAUAUACUGUGCUCAAUAAAUAAAAAUAAAAAUAAACAAUAACAAUAGACAACUAGCGCUGAACAAAUAGAUACUGCCGUGUUAAUUACAACGAAUGAUUGUAAAAUAUCUCACUGUGAUUUGUGUUCAUGAAUGAUUUGUGUGUGUGAAACGAUUAACUUGUGAGUGUGUUUAGAUAUGUAUGUUGAAGUUUUAAUUAAUAUCUAAUUAAAACAGAAUGAGAGCGGCAAAAGCGAUAUUUCUCAUUUUAUUUUUCGGUCAUCUAUCUGCACUUCCAGAUACAAUUCGAAUCGGUGGACUGUUCCAUCCUGAGGAUGAUAAACAAGAAGUAGCAUUUCGAUAUGCAGUGGAGCGAGUGAACGCUGAUAGAGCGAUAUUGCCAAGAGCGAAGUUACUGGCACAAGUUGAGACUAUAUCACCUCAAGAUAGUUUCCAUGCUUCAAAAAGAGUGUGUCACCUUUUACGAAGCGGUGUAGCAGCUAUAUUUGGGCCCCAAUCAGCACCAGCAGCAGCUCACGUUCAAUCUAUAUGUGACACAAUGGAAUUACCUCACUUGGAAACCAGAUGGGACUAUCGCACGCGACGGGAAUCCUGCCUUGUCAACCUAUAUCCUCAUCCAGCCGCUUUAAGUCGAGCAUAUGUUGACCUUGUUCGAGCCUGGGGUUGGAAAUCCUUUACCAUUGUGUAUGAAAAUAGUGAUGGCUUGGUUCGUCUCCAAGAAUUACUCAAAGCUCACGGCCCAUCAGAGUUGCCUGUUGCUGUCAGACAACUGCCUGAUUCACAUGAUUACAGACCAUUGCUGAAGCAAAUAAAAAAUUCCGCAGAAUCACACAUUGUACUAGAUUGCACUACUGAGAGAAUCCGAGAUGUUCUUCAACAAGCGCAACAGAUUGGCAUGAUGUCUGAUUACCAUAGCUACCUUAUAACGUCACUUGAUCUUCAUAGUGUAGAUUUAGAAGAAUUUAAAUAUGGAGGCACCAAUAUAACAGCAUUAAGAUUACUCGAUCCCGAACGAAGUGAUGUCCAAAAAGUCAUAAGGGAUUGGGUUUACGACGAAGCCCGGAAAGGGCGAAAGUUACAACUAGGGCACACCUCAGCAAAGGAAAAUAUGACGUUUAUAAAGACGGAGACAGCUCUCAUGUAUGAUGCAGUACAUCUUUUUGCAAAAGCUUUACAUGAUCUAGAUACAUCACAACAAAUUGAUGUAAGACCACUUUCGUGCGAAGCAGAAGAUACUUGGCCUCAUGGAUACAGCCUUAUUAAUUAUAUGAAAAUUGUUGAAAUGAAAGGCUUAACUGGAGUUAUAAAGUUUGACCAUCAAGGAUUCCGAAGCGAUUUCACUCUAGAUAUAAUUGAACUGACAAGGGACGGUCUUCAAAAGGCGGGAACUUGGAACUCCUCUGAGGGAGUCAAUUACACAAGGUCAUACGGAGAUAAUCAAAGGCAAAUAGUGGAGAUACUGCAAAAUAAAACUCUUAUUGUUACUACAAUUUUGAGUGCACCAUAUUGUAUGAGGAGAGAGGCGAGUGAGAGGCUAACAGGGAACGCACAAUUCGAGGGGUAUGCCAUUGAUCUCAUUCACGAGAUAUCUAAAAUUCUGGGCUUCAAUUAUACAUUCAAGUUGGCGCCAGACGGUCGAUACGGUUCCUACAACCGUGAGACUAAAGAGUGGGACGGAAUGAUAAGAGAAUUGCUGGAGCAACGUGCCGAUGUCGCUAUCGCUGAUCUUACUAUAACUUACGAUAGGGAGCAAGUGGUCGACUUCACGAUGCCGUUCAUGAAUCUCGGUAUCUCAGUGCUAUACCGCAAGCCCAUUAAACAACCGCCGAACUUGUUCUCCUUCCUCUCGCCCCUCUCCCUAGACGUCUGGAUUUAUAUGGCUACAGCGUAUCUGGGUGUCUCCGUUCUACUGUUCAUACUUGCCAGGUUCAGUCCGUACGAGUGGGACAGCCCCAGGAACUGUCUAGACGAGCCGCCGGUGUUGGAGAAUCAGUUCACUCUGUUGAACUCGCUGUGGUUCACUAUCGGGUCCUUGAUGCAGCAAGGUUCGGAUAUCGCACCGAAAGCGGUAUCAACGCGUAUGGUAGCAGGAAUGUGGUGGUUCUUCACAUUAAUUAUGAUAUCAUCAUAUACCGCCAAUCUAGCCGCCUUCCUAACUGUGGAACGCAUGGACUCUCCCAUUGAAAGCGCUGAAGAUCUAGCCAAGCAGACUAAGAUUAAGUACGGAGCUUUGAAGGGAGGAUCUACCGCUGCCUUCUUUAGGGACUCGAACUUUUCUACGUACCAACGAAUGUGGUCGUUCAUGGAAUCAGCCCGCCCCACAGUCUUCACAAGUAGCAAUAAAGAAGGGGAGGAACGGGUGAUGAGGGGCAAGGGCUCUUAUGCCUACUUGAUGGAGUCAACCACUAUUGAGUACGUGGUCGAGAGGAAUUGCGACCUAACACAAGUGGGCGGGAUGCUCGACUCGAAGGGAUAUGGAAUUGCCAUGCCGCCUAAUUCGCCAUAUCGCACCGCGAUAAGCGGAGCCGUACUCAAACUGCAAGAAGAAGGAAAAUUACACAUCUUAAAAACUAAAUGGUGGAAAGAAAAACGCGGGGGAGGGUCUUGUAGGGACGAGACAUCAAAAUCGUCGUCGACUGCUAAUGAGCUUGGCCUAGCGAACGUCGGCGGCGUAUUCGUCGUACUGAUGGGUGGUAUGGGGGUGGCUUGCGUUAUCGCAGUCUGCGAAUUUGUCUGGAAGUCUCGUAAGGUCGCCGUGGAUGAGCGGGCUUCACUUUGCUCGGAAAUGGCGUCGGAGCUACGUUCGGCAUUGAAAUGUCCAAGCGGCACUGGUAGCGGCGGCAAUCCGGGGAGCACGCGAGACGGGGCCGGCUCCCCCUACUUGCACUAUGGUUUCAGUACCAAGAGUCAGCUCCACUAGCGCCCGGAUCCUGCCUCCUCGCCCCCCAGCGAUGUGUAGGCACUGUGGACUUUGAUAAUGUGCUUUCUGUCAUUAUCACUAACAGACAAAUACGUGACGUGAAUUUAUAAACUUGGUAAGAUCUUUAAAUGCAAAUUAUACUUAAUCACUGUAAUAUGUAUUGUAAAUAAUUCAUAUCUUGUCGAAAACAAUAUGACGAUGUUGUGAACUAAUGUAUUUUAAGAAAUUACGUUGUGCCAAUGCCAAUAAAUGUUUCGAAUUGUUAAAUUGUAAAAAUGAAAAUUGAUUUCUAAAUUUAAAAUCUGUGCCAAAAUCAAGAAUUUCAAUUUCUUCAUUUAAAACGCCUAUUAAACCAUAGGUUUUGUUAUCCGUUUUAUCAAAGUCCUGCUUAUUACUGGUUAAAAAUCUGACAGUCUUACAAAACUAAAAUUUGUUAUUUCGUUUAACAAAACUCUAAGUGAUUAAAUAUUAUUUAGCCAGUGUAUUAAUGUUUAUUUGUAAAUUGAUAUGCCACAAUCUAUAGAUUUUUGAAAAAAAAUGUUACAUUAAUAAUUAGUAAUUAUUGAGCUAACGCCUCUGUCUUGAGGAGACGGACGUUGACAGUCACGACACAGUUUUUAACUAAUGUGGCUGUUAUCGUACACCAUCCUACAUUUGUAUUAUAACAAAAAUUUUUUGAUUCCAAAAAAUAUUAUUACUAAGCACCCUUAACACAGAUGUAAGGCGUGCUUUUGUUUAAACAUGUAUUGCACAUCUAUCUAUCGUAAAUUUCUUUUCUUUUUUGGAAAAAGGCGGUGAACAUUUAAUAUAAUGAUUGAUAGAAAAUACCAGAAGGUGAUAUUAUUAAACACCGGUAAUUUAUAAUUCAUUACUUAUAGGAAAAUAAUUGACCCUAUCGUUUAAUAGGUGGGAAAGCCAAUUUGCUGUUACUUUUAACAAUUAUCGUGUAAACAUUUUCGAAGUAGAAUAUACCUAAUAUUAUAUUUAGAUUACCUAUUGGUGUUUUAUACAUUUAAUUCUAUUAGAAUUAAAAUCACAUUUUAUAUAAGUCCUAAGGUUAACAUUGUAAGUGUAAUUAAUUGAAUGUUCCAUUAAAUACAUUCUUAUCGAAUUCAAUUGUAAAUAAAUCUUCUAUAGAAAUUUUACUAUUAUUAUCUAAUACAAUUUCUUUGAUUAUUUAAGUAAACUUGUUAAGUUUGUGAUAUUUAUCUAUUUAAAGACUUAUUAUAAUCUGCAAAUUUAAUUAUCAUAAUGGAUGGUAAAUGUUACUUUAUUGUAAAUUAAUGUUUAUUUGUUGCCAUUAUUUUAAUUAAAAAAUAUAAAAAUAAUACAAUUAAUACCAAUGCUCUAAUUUAUGGCAGCUCAAAUUGUGCCAAAGAUCUAGGUAACUCUUAUUAGGUAUACAUAUUUUGUAAGUUCACCUUUCGGAGCUGAAUUUAAACAAAUAAAUUGUUUUACUAA